ACAAUCCAUGUCAAACAUUUCAAUACAUACAUUGGUCUAACAUCUCGUCAUAUGAUGACACUUGGCAAAUGAACAUCAUCAGAUCACCGCAGUCGAUUAUAGGCUGCAAGGUAUUCUAACGGUACAUGGUAUGGACUUCAGUGACUGAGGAAACACUACCAUGCCCAUGCAGCACAUCAUCAUUGGGCUGUGCCAGUUACUGGUGUUAUUGGUCAAGAGAACAGAAGGAACUCGAUACGUGAGAAAGGCUGGCGAGACUGUUCAAAUCAUUUUUCCCCAGCACGGACGUGGGUGUUCAUUCCAGCUGCACUUCAAUAAAGUCCUCUUCAACGUUGGUGGAACGCCUUUGAAAACGGAGGGAUACAACUUAAGCAAACACCGGCGAACCACCGUUGAGAAGAAUUCCUUCAACGCGACUUCGGCUGUUUCGCUGAGCAUCCGUAACCUGACGGCUGACGAUUCUGGCCAUUAUUCUUGCAGCUUCGUAUGCAGGAAGAACGCAUCAUCUCAACAUCAUAACCUUCGGGUCUACCGUCCUCCUGGGAAGGCAUACUGUUCCUGGUCUGAAGAAGAUCCGAUAACCACAUCAUCCGGCAAAACCUUGUCACCUCUGGAUUGCACAGCGCUGGCAGGUCGUCCUCUAGGAAACUUUAACUGCAUUAAUAAGGGUAUUCAAGAAACAAUUCUUUACCUUCCGUUCCCAGUACAUCUGGUCUCCAGUAACAUCACUGCCCGACUGUGGAUUGAUAGAAAGCUAUCUAUCAGAUGCUGCUCGCGGAGCUCAACCUUUCAAAAGAGUUUCAUAAACUGCACUGACUUUCGGCCAUCAUUUGUUAGACCAACUUUUGACUACUGUGUCACAAAGCGCCUCUCUACCGCUGGUUUUUUCCAGGAAAGUGCAUUGUCAAUCGGUAAUCAUUUUGAGGCGCAAAGAUUGGUCAUGUUUUCAGUUGUUUUUAAAGCUUUAUGGUUCCACUUAUAACGUGUCAUUGAACUUCAGACAGAUCAAUUGUAAAUCAUUAAGAACACAGUUGGAGACCAAACAUAGGGGCAGAAACUAUUCGGCAGCCGUAAACCCAUAGAAAAUUUUAGUUAGUUUUAUCUAUCUGCCUCGGAUUGAAUUUAAUGCAUUGCUUUGCCUUCUGAAAAUGGAAAAAAUUAUAGCUUUAACUGUCAUCAUUUGCAUGAUUCCAGAUAGUGCAUCAACAGUGCAAGUAAAUGAAGGGGAAGAUGCGCUGUUCGAGUUUCAGAGUAACGAUCCUGAUAUCAACAUUUCAUUACGCUUUGAGGGACAUGCUGCAUUUUACCAAUUUGGUUCAUCUGAAGGAAUGAACCAAGACCAGAAAAAUAGAUAUACCAUUAAGGUUGAGGGUACCGCCCCGAAGAUUUUUAAACUUCAUAUCAGAAAUACAAAUAGACUGGAUGCCAAUACGAUCGUAUGUCAGUUUUAUAAAGAUGCAGUGAUAGAGCGCACGGAGAGAACGACGCUUUCUGUGAAUUACCCAGCAGGUAUCGUUACUUGUAUCCAUACUCCUAAUGAUGGAGGUCUGGGUUUUUAUGACCCCUGGACCAUUUUAAAGUGCAUUGCGGAAAGAGGCACAAUCUCAUCGUACAUCGUCUGCUAUCAAAAUGGCAUGAUAUCCCCACCAUUUGACAAGGAGCCCCCUUUGAAUUCGAGUGAUUCACAUUUUUCCCAAACUAUCUGGAUAAAGAAGACAGCACCGGCGUCAUGCUGCUCCUCGACAUAUGAACAUCCCUUUGAUAUGAGCAGAUGUAAUCAUUAUUUGUGGGAACCUGAAGAGCCGGAAGUGCCUCAUCAUACUCCCAUGUUUAUCACGUCCACUUAUACUGCCGGAUCAACGAUUACUCCAGAUGUAAAUGUAGACCCGGACCCAUUGCAAUAUCCCGAGGGUGGCGAUGGUAAUAAGUCCAGACAAACAGCUCUGAAUGUCCUGACAGGUACAAUAACUUUUAUGACAAUAGUUCUCACCGUGUUUGCAUUCGGUCUUUUUCAAAUUUUGUGGAAACUUACCAUGAUUGCAAAGGAUAUUACUGACAAUAUGAAUACACUGCAAAUUAUUGUUUGCGAGAAUCGUAGUCUCACUUCCAAUACUUAUCGAGAUGACGCCACUGGGUAGUCUGGGUUAAGGUUCACAAAAUAGCCAAUGGGUGGGGGAAGCGAAUACCCUAUAUACCAGAUAAGACUUGACAGGUUUGAAUUUUGAAUUAUCUUAUGCUUGAUUAUGAUUCUAACUAAAAUGCUUUUAUUUAAUUCAAUUUUGUAAAUUAUACUUUAUUGAAAAAAGGGAAAUACACCGUGACAAAAAAUAAGGCGUGCGUUUGGUUGUUAAAGCUUUUGUUUAUACGAAUAGUGAAAUAAUUUAUUCACUUACAGGGCCCUGAGAACGGUUUUUUCACUGGGGUUGCUGAUAUAAAUUAGAAAAAAAGUUUUGAUACAUAAUGAAGGUCUUUUUCGUCCAGAGAUAUUUGACAGGC